AUAGCUGGACUUUAUAUGACUUCAGAGCGUUUCAAUAUGGAAAUCACUGGAGGGAGAGAAGUGCCUCCUCAUUCCCGGCUGUUCACGGCCUCCGUCCAGUAUGAAGGCAAGCCCGCUGGGGGAGACGUGCUCAUCUGUCCACAGCGGGUGCUGGUGGCAGCCCAUAGGUUUGCCAAAGGCCUGUCUCCCACCGUGGUUUUAGGAGCCCAUUCCCUCUCGAAGCAGGAACCCACAAACCAAACAUCUGAGGUUGAGAAAUUCAUACCGUUCUCAAGAUUUCUAUCAGAUUACAUACCAGAUGAUAUCAUGCUGAUAAGGCUUCAAACAGCAGCAAAACCCAACAAGCGUGUCUAGCUGCUCCCCUUGGGAUCCAAAACCUAUAUUAGAGACAGAACCAGAUACCAAGUGACUGGCUGGGGAGCCACCAACCCAGAUCUGUUAAACGCCUCUGAUUCCCUGCAAGAGGUCACAGUCACGGUGAUCUGUCGAAAAAAAAUCUGCAACAGCCAACGCUACUGCAACCAUGACCCUGUCAUAACCAAAGACAUGGUAUGUGCAGGAAAUCCCAGAGGCCAGAGGGACUCAUGCCAGGGAGGUGGUGACUCAGGUGGCCCUUUUGUCUGCAAAGGAAUCUUCCACGCCAUAGUCUCUUGGGGUCAUAAAUGUGGCAUCACCAAGAAGCCUGGGAUCAACAUCCUGCUAACCAAGAAAUACCAGACUUGGAUCAAAAGCAAACUCGCUCCAUCGAGUACAUAUUAA